UUACCCAACUACAUGCACCUGAGGCAAAAAAUGGAGCUCAAAAGUAUAGCCUAAACUCUCAAAGAGACUGAAGAAACACAGAAGACCAACUUAAUGGCUUUGCCAGUAUUCAAGCCCCACGCUCACUGCCCUGCCUUCCAAUCCGCAAAAUCGGAUCUCCACUCACUUGACAAACUCAGAAAAGUUCAAGAAUGUCGCGGAAACAUUAGUUGGUCUCAGAUUGGAGGGAAAAAGGGAAGAGGGAGCUCUUCAUGGAAGUUGAAUGCUUUCCCAGAUUGGCCUCUCAUGGCAAUUAUGAUCGAGCACGUCGCAGGACAACGAGACUACGUCGUCCACAAAUCAGUUUGGCAUCUCAGCGACGCAGCCAUGAAGAAUGUUUGGCCUUUUGUAGACACUUUGUACAUUAUGUUCACAUGCUGGGGAUGCUGCUUCUUUGGAUCCAUGAAAGAUCCUUUUUAUGAUGGAGAGGAGUACAGGAAAGAUGGGGGAGAUGGAACAGUGCACUGGGUCUACGAGAAGCAAGAAGACAUUGAGGAAGCUGCAAGGGCAGAGUUGUGGAGAGAGGAGUUGAUUGAAGAGAUUGAGCAAAAGGUUGGAGGGUUGAGAGAGUUAGAGGAAGCUGGAAAAGAAGAGGAGUAUGUGAAGUGAUAGAGAGUGGAAGGGACAUGGACUUUGUUCUUAACUCUACAAAGACUCUUCCAUGGAAGCUCUUCUUCAUCUUAUACUUUGUUUCCUUCAUGUUUGCAGAUGUGUUAUUAUUGGGAUCUUCUUCUUCUUUUUUCUCUUUUCACUGUUUAUUGACAAAUUAUUCGGGAUGUAUACGCACUCAAAAGAACAAAAAAGUAAAUCAAUAAAUUAUUAUUUAUAAGGUAAGAAAAGAAA